AUGGCAUCGGAACAACGAUCUUUAAUAAAAUUUUGUGUUUUGAACGGGUUUUCGAAGAAAGAAACAAGGUUAAGAUUACAAAAAACAUAUGGUGAUCAGGCGAUGAAGAAAACAGCAAUGUACAAGUGGUAUGCCCGAUUUCUAGGCGGCCAACAAAGCAUCCAUGACGACAAACGCAGUGGACGUCCCAACGUAACGUCAAAUCACGUCGCUGUGAUAAAGGAGCUGUUUGACAAUGAUCGUCGGAUAACAAUUCGCGAAAUACACGAAAGAUCAGAUUGUAGCAUUGGCACAGUGCAUCGCAUUAUACACGAUGAACUCAAUAUGAAACGCCUGUGUGCAAG